CCCAGACUUGCUUAUGUCACCACCGCCCGGGGCUGGGGAGGGGGAGAGCGGAGGGCAAGUCGCACCCGCCCCUGAAGUCCCAGCCGCCCUGUCAUUGGCUACAAGGACUCCGGCCUAGUGGCCGAUUGGUCGUGUCUGAGGGCUUAAAGGUGUCUGGGAGCGUCGGACACCUCAGACGGACUGUGGCCGGGGAUCAGACGCGUCGGAGGCGAUCCCGAGGCGCGCCCGCAGCCCGCCAUGGCCCCGCUCCUCCGGGCGUCCUGUCUGCUGUCCCUGCUCCUGGCCGGCUGCGUCCCGCCGGGCCGGGGGCAAGAGAAGUCAAAGACGGACUGCCAUGGUGGCAUGAGCGGCACCAUCUAUGAGUAUGGAGCCCUCACAAUCGAUGGGGAGGAGUACAUCCCCUUCAAGCAGUACACUGGCAAAUACAUCCUCUUUGUCAAUGUGGCCAGCUACUGAGGCCUGACAGGCCAGUAUGUUGAAUUGAAUGCACUACAGGAAGAACUUUCCCCAUUUGGUCUGGUCAUUCUGGGCUUCCCCUGCAACCAAUUUGGAAAACAAGAACCAGGAGAGAACUCGGAGAUCCUUGCCACCCUCAAGUAUGUCCGACCUGGAGGGGGCUUUGUCCCCAAUUUCCAGCUCUUUGAGAAAGGAGAUGUGAAUGGGGAGAAAGAGCAGAAGUUCUACACUUUCCUGAAGAAUUCCUGUCCUCCCACCUCAGAGCUCCUAGGCUCACCUGGACGCCUCUUCUGGGAACCCAUGAAAAUCCACGACAUCCGCUGGAACUUUGAGAAGUUCCUGGUGGGGCCAGAUGGUAUACCUGUCAUGCGCUGGCACCACAGGACCACAGUCAGCAACGUCAAGAUGGACAUCCUGUCCUACAUGAGACGGCGUGCGGCCCAGGGAGGCACGGGGAAGUAACUGAUGCCCACCCCACCCCACGUCUAUCAUGCAGGGGCUGAGGAGGGACUCCGUUCAGGAAGGAAUCUCAUCUCCAACCACACUAUAUACUUACCAUUAAACCCUUCUCCCAUCACCUUAGGCCCCAGCCUGACACAGACAUAUGCCUGUCUAGCUGGGCAUGUAGGUAUUUGCACAUGUGCCCACAAAAGUGCGUGGCUGUGUGUGUGCACAUGAUGGGCGUCCAGCCACAUGUGUCUAUCUGUGUGACUAUUUGGGGGACCCACAGUGUGUGGUGUAUGGUACUGAAGAAUACUAUCCCUUUCUUUCCAGUUCUUUGUUCCAAUAAUUCACUUAAAUCUAAGCCUAAAGUAAAACCCGCCUCUAGGUCCUCCCUGACCUGGACCUCAGACGUGGGACCAGCAUCUCCCACUACCAUUGAAGUGCCCAGAGGCUUCUGGGUCUGCCACACUGCCCAAUCCCUCUCCUCCUUCCUGAAGGGCCCUCUCAAGUCUUCUCCCCCACUCCCCUGUUCUCCCUGAGAUCAGCCAAGGCAGAUGUGAGAGUGAGGGCCACGUAUCCAAGUCAGGGGCGGUGUCUCCAUGAGGGAGGGGCCCGAAGCCCUCAUGGGCGGACCUCCCCUGAGCCUGUCUGUGGGGCCGGCCCUUAGUGCAUUCAGGCUAAGGCCCCUAGGCAGGGAUGCCACCCCUGCUCCUUUGGAGGACGUGCCCUCUCCCCUCACCCUGGUCCAUUGGCAUUGGACUCACACCCGUCUGCCCAGUAAAGGCCUUUCUGCAGCA